AUGUGUUGCCAAAAGCAAUGUACUAACAAUUAUAUGAUUGAUUCAUUCGAUUAUUUUAACCACAGGAAGGCUGCGAAAGUUCUAAGAAGUUUUGUUAAACCAAAUCAAGUAUUUGGAGCAGAUCAAGUCAUCCCACCAUAUGUGCUAAAAAGAGCCAAAGGCCUAGCCAUUAUCACGGUUUUGAAGGCUGGUUUCUUAUUUUCAGGGAGGGCAGGAUCUGGCGUAAUUGUGGCUAGGCUAAAAGAUGGUACAUGGUCUGCUCCCUCUGCUAUAGCUAUGGCAGGUGCUGGUGCAGGUGGUAUGGUCGGUAUUGAAUUGACUGAUUUCGUCUUUAUUUUAAAUUCUGAAGACGCAGUGAAGUCUUUUUCUGAAUUUGGUACAAUUACUCUAGGUGGCAAUGUGUCAGUUUCCGCAGGCCCUCUUGGAAGAAGUGCAGAAGCUGCAGCUUCUGCGUCUACUGGUGGUGUUUCAGCAGUUUUUGCUUAUUCCAAAAGUAAAGGUUUAUUUGCCGGUGUGUCUGUGGAAGGUUCAGCUAUCUUGGAAAGAAGAGAAGCUAAUCGAAAAUUCUACGGCGAUAACUGUACAUCGAAAAUGAUUUUAUCAGGUAGAGUAAAAGUUCCACCAGCAGCAGACCCCCUACUCCGUAUUUUAGAAUCAAGAGCAUUUAACUUCACACGCCAUGACCAUGGUGAUAAUGUUAGUGAUGAUGAUUUUUAUGGUGAAGAUCAAUACAGCGAUAACACCAGUCAUUAUUACGAUGACAUUCCAGAUUCCUUUGAUUCUACCGAUGAGUCCUCAACACGUCCGAACACAAGAUCAUCAAGAAGAAGAGGAAUGUCACUAGGAUCACGCAGUCGUUAUGAUGAUUAUGAUGACGAUGAUUACGGACGCAGCCGCGGAUAUGACGACUUUGAUAGCGGAGAUGAGGAUUACGACAACGGAAGAUCUCCAAAUAGAAAUAGCAGCCGCAAUAGAGGCCCGCAGAUAGAUAGGGGUACUAAGCCGCGUGCCAAUACUCGAUGGGAAGAUGAUUUGUAUGAUAGGGAUACUGGAUACUCCCGCCCUACCCAUCAUUCCGGCAGGGAUUAUGAUUAUACCCGAGGAGAUAGGCGUAGUAAUGGUAGGCAAAGAGGUUAUAGCCUUGGUCACGGUCCGACCCACCCCAGCCAUAUUAGCAAUGUCGAUGACUUAUCACAUAAAAUGUCAAAAACAGGGUUAGGCAAUGAAUCUUCAAGCACAAAGUCUGCAACGCCAACAGCCAUUGCUCUCUAUAAUUUUGCGGGAGAACAACCAGGCGACUUAACUUUUAAGAAAGGUGACGUUAUUACUAUCUUAAAGAAAUCAGAUUCUCAAAACGAUUGGUGGACGGGAAGAGCCAACGGCAAUGAAGGAAUAUUCCCUGCAAAUUAUGUUAGAGUCUCUUAG